AUGAGUGGCGCCGGACAACACCUAUUAUUUGGGGAGCUGCAAUUCCACUCUCUUUGGCCCAGCAGGGAAGGCCGCCGUCCACACAGCCGCAGAAGCGCCAGCAGCAAUAGCCCAGGCACACACCCACGCACAGCGUUCUCAUCGCCACUUGCGUUCAUCCGCAACAACCCUGCGACGGCCCUGCAACGAAGGAAGCCGUUGUUUGGGUGUGGCACCGCAUUGCGUGUUGGGGCGCUGGCAAAGCAAGGGACUCCCGCCCCACACACCUGCUCGCCAUCGCCCAAAAAGAAGAAGCAGCAGAACCCGAAGCGCAGGGCAGGGCGCCUCUCCCACGCAUCUGCUGCGGCGCACAAGCUGACUGCGCCGGCGCAUCGCCACCCAAACAGCCGGGCACUGCACCUCGACACCGCCUCCCCGCGGUCAACGGCUUCAUCGUGGACGCCCCCGCUCCGGUCAAAGCGAGCCGUGUGCCGCACGGUGGCGUUGGGCUCGAAGACGCAGAUCUCCUCCAUCUGCAGCGCGGAUCAGCUGCCACACGAGCUGCAGUACGCCGCCGCCUCGUUCUUGCAGCCGAACCAUCACGACUUGAGCGUCACAUGCACGUUGGCGAGGGCGACGCCACCACAAUCCUCUGCGUGCGCGUCUUCAGGAGUUCACGCCGCUCCGUUGGAUGAGUGGCAUUGA